AUGGAAGGAAAGAAUCAACAUGGUUUCUUGUCCAACAAACAAGCCUUCCUCUCCUCUGUUCAAUCAGAAAUAAGAAGAAAUUACUCAACAACAUCUAGGAAAUUCAAUCAAAAACAAAAUUUUGAUCAAAAACACUCUUCAUCUCAUACAGAAAAGAAGCAAUUACUCAGUCCAACUGUGCGUCGUGUUGGUUAUGUAUGGAUUGCCUUCUCUACUUUUACUAUUCUUCUCAUUGGUUAUAGUGUGAAGGAUAUUAUUUUCCUUGAUGAAGAGUUGAGUGAUGUUGACGAAGGAGAAUCAUCAAAUAUUCCUCACACUCAACCAUUCUAUCAAUAUCAUUUUACAAUGCCACAUCAAAUCGAAUCUGUCAUCAAAAUUAUCAGAUCAUUUGUUGCCCUCGGUAUUGUUGUUGUGGACUAUAAGAUGAAUUUUAACACAAUGAAUAAUGUUGAAGGUGUCACAGAGGACCAAGUUAUGGAACACAAGAGUGAAGUUCACAAAAGAAGUGCUCAAAGACUUGUUCAAUUAUGUUUGGCCAAUGGUGGUGUUUUCAUCAAGGCUGGCCAACAUAUUGCCUCAUUAAAUCAAGUUUUACCACCAGAAUUUACUGAUGGAUUCAAGCCAUGCCAAGACAAGGCACCAACAAGACCAUGGUCUAUAAUUGAAUCAUUUAUCAGAGAACAAUUGACAGGUGUCAAGACUUUAGAAAAGGGUGCUAUUGAUCCACUCUAUGAAGAAUACUUUUCUAAAAUUGAAUCAAAGCCAAUAGCUGCUGGUUCUUUAGCUCAAGUUCAUGUUGCCUAUUUGAAAGGCUCUGGUAAAAAGGUUGCCCUCAAAGUUCAAUAUCCAGAUUUGGAAGGAAGUUUAUCUGCAGAUUCCAAACUUUUGAAAAGACUUAUUGCUGCAGCUGAAUUUGCAUUCAAAGACACUAAACUUCAAUGGAUUUGUAAUGAAUUUGAGAUGAAUUUACCAUUUGAAUUGAACUUUUUAAAUGAAGCAAAGAAUUGCUACUUGUUAGGCAAAAAAUUGGAAACUGUACCAAGACUCAAAGAUCAUGUCAGAACUCCAUUUGUUUAUUGGACUCACUGUACUGAUAAGGUUCUCACCAUUGAAUUUGUUGAAGGAUUCAAGGUUACAGAUAUUCAUUCCAUGAAGGAGAAGGGGCUCGAUAUUGAUGUAGGUUAUAUCAGCUAUCUCCUCUCCCAUGCCUUCAGUGAACAAAUCUUCUCUAAGGGAUUUGUCCAUGCUGACCCUCACCCUGGUAAUAUUAUUGUUAGUAGAAAGAAGGAUUCGUGGAAUAAUGCUAUACAAUUAGUCAUUAUUGAUCAUGGCCUCUAUCAUCAACUCGAUAAUGAUUUCAAGAUUUUGUACUGUAGAUUGUGGAAAGCUAUUGUUGACUACAAUGAAGAAGAGCUCAAUACUGUCUCUAAAAAGUUGGGUCUUGCCGAUAGAAAGGGAGAUGGUCCACUCUUCUCUGAAUUACUCAAAGUUAUUCUGACAGCCAGAGCUCACGAUGCUGAUGAAAAUCUCUACACUGUACAUCAACAAGAAGAAGAUCAACGUAAACAAUCUAAGAAUAAGCUCUUAGCAUACAGUCAAAAGCACUUUAUGGACAUUGCUAAGGUUUUGGGAGAUCUCGAUCGUAAGGUUUUGCUUUUGUUGAAAUGUAACGAUUUACUGAGAAGUAUUCAAAUGGAUUUAGGUGUUCCAGUCAAUUACUUUAUCAUUUUCGCUCAAUAUGCUAUUAAGGCCAUUCAUAAGGACAAACUCACUCGUGUCUUUGAAGAAAACAAGUCACGUGGUUUGGCCUUUGCCUAUCUCCAAUACUUACAAACCUAUUUCUCAUGCACAAAGGAAUACUUGUUAUUCGAUGCCAAAUUGAAAUUAUUCAUGUUGGCUACCUCACUCAAUGGCUAUUAUCAAAAUUUCAAGAGAGAAUUACACGAAUUGAAACUCAUUGUUGAUGCCUCCUCCAAUAAGAAUACCUCCUCAAACUAUACUUUCUACAGAGUUACAGAUCCUUCCGCCGUCCAACUUGCAUCAUCCCCAUCUUCAAUUAAUCCAGCCAUUUCUCUCACUAGAGCAUUCUAUAAUGAUAUGGCCUCCCUUUAA